CAAGAUAAAGGCUGCUGGUUUCAAGCCAGUGAGGAGGAGUUUCUGAGAUCCUGUAACUCUAUAGCUAGUUUUGACAUGACUGAAACUCUGCUAUUGGCCUGAGGCGCAAAUUGCUGCAAGGCACGAAGUUUUUUUGUGAAGAAGUUCCAAAGAGAAAAGUCGAAAGUCACGAAGAAUCGCCAGCUUUCACGGACGGACUUUUGUAAAUAAUGGAAAACAAGUAUAGAGUUAUAGAUAAAGUUGGUCUGCAAGAUGACGAGGAGUUUGUGGACAUACUGGAGGACAAGAGGUGCCUCAGUGACGUGAGCUUUGCCUUCAGGACCUUUAGUCCUCCACCGUACAAAGUAGCACCAGCCUGCUCCACAGCUGAACUCAACAAAGUUGUGUUGGAUUCUCAGUAUCUGCGCUACGUGAUCAAAGAGGUUGCUGUGGAGACGGGGUCAUCUGUGGAGGAAGUGAGAGACCAAGUAUGCAGGAUUUUGUGGAAAAUGUCUCAAAACCUGCAGCUGAGGUUCAUCAGGCUGAUGGCGUUCACAUUCAGAAAGGUGUUUAAGAGAAUCUUCAGUGCCAUUUACGUCAACAUGGAAGGAGUCAACGCGCUCCAGCAAGCCGCUCAGGAGAGUCCUGUUAUCCUGAUGCCCAAUCACAGGAGUUAUGUCGAUUUCCUGGUUGUCUCCUACAUCUUAUUCAGCUACGACAUACCACUGCCCGUAAUUGCUGCAGGAAUUCCUCUUGCAGGGAUGAAGAUUGUGGGAGAGAUACUGCGUCGGUCUGGGGCUUUCUUUAUUCGACGGGCCAUUGGUUCUGACAAACUCUACUGGGCUGUGCUGUCAGAAUAUGUUCGAACAAUUGUCAGAAGCGGAUUUGCUCCCCUGGAGUUUUUCGUGGAAGGUCUAAGGAGUCGAACUCUGAAGUCCCUCCCACCAAAGUUAGGUAUGAUGCACAUGAUCCUGGAGCCCUUCUUGAAAGGUGAGGUGUUUGAUGUCACCUUGGUGCCCAUCAGUAUCAGCUACGACCGGGUACUGGAGGAGUCGCUGCUCGCACAUGAGUUACUGGGUGUCCCCAAGCCCAGAGAAACCACCACAGGUCUACUGAAGGCCAGCAAAGUUCUGCGGGAGAAUUAUGGCUGCAUGCACGUGAACUUUGGCCGUCCCUUGUCUGUCCGGCAGCUCUGCGAGGGAAAGUUAAAUCGCUCCCAGUACAAUCUUAUUCCUAGGGAUCUUCCUCAGAAGCCCAAUGCAGAGACUGAGGCCUGUGGGAGCUGGCUGGCUCAUAUGAUAGUACGGAUCCAAGAGGAGGGUACUCUGACCAGCCCCUGGUCUCUGAUGGCUUGUGUGCUGCUUCAGGUUCCCACCGCAGCCUUAACAGAAGAGGGUCUGCUGUUUUAUCAGCUCACAGAGCAAACCCUCUGGCUCAGGAAGCUGGCGCUGGAUUUUGGGGCUCAUCUCAGCUGGCCUGAAAAACUCUCUGAUUCAGAGGUGAUGUCUUCCACCCUGGCUCUCCAUCGAUCUGUUGUUUACCGUAAAGCGGGCCGUGUCUACUUGGUUCGGGGGGAUGAGCCUGAGCGAAAACAUCCAAUAAGCCCAGAGGAGGACAUGAUGAGGACGGCAGUUGCAUUCCUGAUGCUGGUUUCAUACAGGAAUCAAUGCCUGCAUGUUUUUGUGCGUCCCGCGCUGCUUGCUUUGGCCAUGAGCAUCACAAAAAGCACGCAGAGAGAUGAGCUCCUCACGUGCUUCUGCUUCCUGCAAGAACUUUUCUCCAACGAAUUUAUUUUCAUCCCUGGCAGAUCUUCUCAGGACUUUGACGAAGCAUGCUCACUACUGAAGAAAUGUAAAGCAGUCCAUGUCAGUUUGUGGGACGUGACGGUUUCAGACACAGGGCUGGCGGUCUUAUCGUUCCUGCAGGAGCUGCUGAAACCCUUCAUAGACUCUUAUCAGCUGAUGUUCAGAUUCCUCUGUGAAGAGAGAGACUGUGUAUUCACUGAGAAAGAGUUCCUGCUUGCUGUGCGAACCCUCGGUGCAAAACUCAUCAUUUCAGGUGAACUCCACACCUAUGAAGCCCUUUCAUCUGACGUGCAGAAAAAUGUUUUGUCGGCGCUGCGGAGGCUGGGGGCUGUCACAAGGAUAAAGACAUCUGAGAAUAAUGAAUACAAAGUGAACAAAUCAGCUGUGAGAAGAACUGGAGACAUGCUUGCUGGAAGAAUCCCUCCCCAGGUUGUCCAGGCUGUGCCUGAUGCCAGACUGUAGUCUCAGCUGGAAGAAAUCCAUUUUUAUUGUCUCCUGUUGGCCGAUUUCUCUCUAACAGGGGAGCCUAAGGUGUUAAACUAAAACCUCCUGUCACUUUGCCUGAGAGUAUUAAAAAAAUAAAAAGUGAUACUAAGUAAACUGAAACAUUAGAAAACAUGAUUAAAUCAGUUUUUCGAAUUUAUUAAUCAUUAGAUCUUGAUAUAUUUUAUUAGAUUUUUUUUUACUGUGAUUUAAAAAGUGCAUCUAAUUUGUUUUCAAAUUUUUUGCUCCCUGUAUUGAUGUUUUUCACCCAGCAAAACUUGAUAAAAUCACAAAUUAUUUACAACCCAUUUUCAACAAUGAAGCUUAAUACAUGUAAAAAUGUAUGAAAAUGCUAGUAUUUUUGGUUCUAUAAAUACUGUAUAUAUUCUAAUAAUGUUGCACACAAUGGGAAUCAAGGGUAUAAAUAACUUUCAAUUCUCAGUUAUUUUUCUUUAUUUUUUUGAUGUGUUGUUGCUGACCGACUGUGUGAAUAAACAACAAGGCACUUUAAAAUAAACUUGAUUGAACAGAGAAUUAAGCCAGUUAUUGUAGAGGUCUUAUUGAAUUGAAUAUGAAAUAUAUUAAAUGUAUUAUUUAGUGUUGUGUGUUUUUUUUUUUUUUUUAGUUCCUAACUAAUAAAUGGCAUCAAUAAAAACCCCUGCCUGGGAAUGAUGUAUGGA